GUUGACCUUGACCAGCUGACCUACUUAGCGCAAUAGUUGACUAGCUAGCGUGUUGACAUCGAGACUGAGUUGUUUGUCUUGCCGGCACACACCAUUGUAUAUUUCAAUGAUGGAAAUUGAGAUUAACAGUGAUCUGAGUAGCGAUCAGAACCGUCCAGAACGUACUUAUGAGGAACAAAUACAAUGUGUAGGUGUGUUCGCCCAGCCUAUGGCUUCAAAAAAAUUAACAAAGCGUUUGUAUAAACUCGCUCGAAAAGCUAAACGCGUAAAAAAAACAGAUGUCGGAAUCAAAGCAAUCUUAAAAGCCAUUGAAAAGAAAGGUGUAUCUGGUAUCGUCGUAUUAGCUGGUGAUAUUAGCCCGUUUGAUCUGAUAUCCCAUGUGCCAUUGGUGUGUGAGGAACACGACAUACCCUACUGCUAUGUUCCGUCAAAGUUUGACCUCGGUGCAUGUGUAUCUUCAGUUACCCCUAUACCUAUUGUUUUCAUAACACGGGAUGAACAGUAUGGUGAUUUGUAUGACAAGUGUUACACUGCUGUUGACGCAUUACCUCUUCCUUUAUAAAAUCCCUGUAAUCAAAAAGCAGAAUUUUUUCAAUAAAAAUAUUAUUCCACUUAUUCUUCUAAA